AUGUCUGUCCUUCAGAUUCACGAUCUACUCAAGCCGGCCGACCUUGCCACAUCACAACAACGGGCUCUAGGCAUCUUGAAUCUGAGGCACAAUGACCCUGGAGAUAUCGAUAUCUCUACUCUCGUUGCCGCUGUAGAUGACGCUCGUGUACAGCAUGACAGCUUCUGGACUAUACUCGCUGCAUCUAAGCAAAGCACAGACGAAUUAAUAUCAACAACUCGCUUCACUGCGUCAGAACAUCUACACACUGCGCAAGAGCUGUCACUCUUGCGCCAUUCGCUCGCAGAUGAACUCUCAACGAUCACAUCCGAGCUUGUUUCAUCCAUGUCAGAUGGGCGGCCUACUCUGCUGGAAGACAUUGAAGUUAUGCAUCGGAAUCUGAAAGAGCUAGAUAGCAUGAAAACGUAUGUGCACGUCAUUGAGCGGGCACUAAGCAUGAGUGAAGCCGCUAUUGCAGAGAUACGGGAUAGCAAUCCUAUCACAGUGUCUGUCUAUCGAUCCUUGCGAACGUUUGUUUCAUCUGUGAACACAACAUGUUCUCAAGUAUCAGAUGUCACUGGCCAGCCCAGCAGCGAUCUGCGUCUCGUCUCGUUUCUGGAGGAGCUUCAAGAUAGAACCUGGUCAGCCAUGAAAAGCACACUAUCAGCUCUCCUUCUCGCUGUCAUGGAACGACUUCAUUGGCCAAUGCCUGUCGACUUUUCGUUAGCCACUGAAGACGACAAAAGAACCUUUUCAAAAGCUUUUUCAAACCUAAUCAAAUUGCAAGUUUUUGGAGAGCAAAUACACUCGUCUCAGGAGUCCUCAGAGAAGGAUGCACUGUACCCCAUCCAGGCCCUUGUUCAACCAGUCUCAUUACGAUUUAAGUAUCAUUUUGAGGGUUCACGGCAGACGAAUAAAUUAGACAAACCCGAAUGGUAUUUUACCCAUAUUUUGAAUGUUUCCCAUGAACAUCGUCCGUUCAUGGAAGAUGUCGUUCAACAACUUCUGUCGGCGACCCAGUAUCGGGACGUCAACGCAUGGGCUGAGUUCACUCAUGCUCUUCUGCCACUUCUUUCACGUCGUUUAAAGCGAACGAUGUCGUCUCUUCUUUCUCAUCCACCAUUGCUUGCACACACGAUAUAUCAGGCAUUGUCGUUCGAUGCAGCACUGAAGGAGGAAGGCUUCUCGCUCGCGGGAACGAUGGUCGGGCGCAACGCCGGUGUAAAGUCAUGGGACGGAAUUAGCGAAGUUGUUCUAGGACGAAAGGAAUGGUUCGACCGGUGGGUAGAAGGCGAGCGAGCAUUCGCCUUGGACCAGUAUCACGAUAUCAUCGGCUCUCCUGAGGCAUGGCUCAUUGCGGACGACGACGCUCACUCUGAAGAGAAUCGUGUCGCUACCCGCGAGCUUCGCCCAACGAAUUCCGCCCGACGACUGAAGGCAUUGGUUGAACAGGUUACUGAUCGCUACACCCCUAUCCCGCAAUUUAGCCAGCGGGCCCGCUUUCUGAUCGAUGUUCAGCUUCCACUUCUCGAAUUGUAUCACGGUAGGAUCGGGUCUUCCUUGGAUGCGUUCGAGACUUUGUCUAGCGCUCUCGUGAGAGCGGUUCCUGGUGCACUCACAAGUGAUGGGAGAGAAAAAGGUCGCCUGACGAGUGGCGUCGAGGGCGUUGUGCGGUUGUGCAAAGCUUUGGUCAGUGCGAAGUGGAUAUCUGCUGCGAUGGUGGGCUGGGGAGAAGACUUAUUUUUCCUGGAGUUAUGGACCGAGAUUAAUCGACGCGCCGCUCUUCGCGUCCGUGCAGAAACGCAUCCUUCUCUGCCUGAUCCAAAAGAUUCUUCAAAUGAGACUCCGGAUGGUACCAUAUUUGAGGAGUUGGUGACUCAAUACGAGAAGCUGGUUGCAAGAGUGGAAGACAUGAUUAUUCAGCAAAUAUGCGGGGAGGUCGAAGGGGCAUUGAAAGCCCAUCUAUUGAAUCAGGGCAUCCCAAACAGUUCUCCGGAUCUUUCUGUAUCCACCAUCGCCAUUUCGCCUGCACUGCUGCCAGCUCUGUCCACUCUCUCCUCACACUUAUCCGUUCUAAGCCGCACUCUGCCGCAUAGCACCACCAUCUCUCUUUACCGCAACAUUGCCACCAAUCUUUCGACACAUAUUCUGCAGAGGAACAUCUUGUAUCGAGGUCACCAUCGGCUUGCACCCGCGGAAGGUAAGAUCCUCCACGGCGAGUGCGAACUUUGGGUGGAGACGUGCAGACAGGCGUUAGGCAGCAUUAGCAUGGGCCCGAGAGGCCGCGUUGAGGCUCCUUGGCGACGACUGCUUGAGGCGGGAAGAGUGGUAGGUGCGGAAGGCGAACGAUGGGAUGCGAUCGUGGCCGCUUCGUUCGGGACUCUGAGUGACGAUGAGUGGGGGGCCCGCAUGACAGAUCUGGUGGAUGAAACAGAGCUGAGUAGGGGCGAAGUUUGUAUGAUUGCAAAGACUCGGACCGACUGCGAUUACUGAUUUGUGUAAGCAAUCCAUUAAUCAGGCCCACUUCCGCUGUGUUUCCGCCUUCUCGUUAUCCAUGUGCCCUCUGGAGUUU